AGAGCCCUUCCCUUCAGCGUCGGACGCAGCGAUGGAGACCGCUCCCUCCACUUUUGUGUCCCUUCUCCUCGUCCUCUUCAUCCUCUCCUCACCCGCCGCCGUGCCCGCCGCCAUGGCCCGGCCAGUCGUGGACGUGCUCACCCCCGACGUCCUCCUCGUCUCACCCCCCGCCACGCCCUCGGCCUUGGCCCCCGGCCCCGACGUGCACGCCUCCGACUACGACGUGUACAUAGUCUUUGUCAGCCGUACUGGUUACAUUGACUCCGUGGACUACGACGUCCGGCUGCUCGCCUCCGUCAUCGGAAGCACGCAGGAGGCAAAGAAGGCCAUGAUCUACCACUAUAGCGGUCUCGGGUUCGCGGCGAGGCUCACAUGUAAUCAAGCGGACCAGUUAGCAAGGAAGGAGGGCAUUGCAACCUUCAAGGACAAGACGUACUAUGUGGACAACGGCGGUCGCUUGCCUCGAUUCUUUGAAGAGAAUGUCUGAAGAUCAAAUGUUUACCCAACUCCUGCUACCACUACGACCUGAAACAUGUCACUAUGAAGUUCUGGGCGAUUUGUUGCACCGACUGUUAAGUUUGUACUGUAUGUACCCUGAA